GGCGGCGGGGGCCACGCCGCUCGCCUGCCGCCAGGGCCGGGGCGUGCUCGGCGCCUCACCCGCGCCUCCCCGCUGCCUGUUCCCCGGCGGCGCAGGGCGGCGGUGCGGGGCCAUGAGCCGGCCGGAGGCCGAGCCCUGCUCCCGGGCGCUGGCGCAGGCCCGCGUCUACCUGGGGCAGCUGCGGAGCCGCGUCGCCGCCGUGGGCCCCGAGGGCGGCGGGCGGCGAGACUACCUGGUGGAGGCGGCGCGGCAGCUGAGGCUGGCGCUGGAGCGGGACGUCAGCGAGGACUACGAGGAGGCCUUCAACCACUACCAGAACGGCGUGGAUGUGCUGCUCCGCGGCGUGCAGGUUGACCCGAACAAGGAGCGUCGAGAGGCCGUGAAGCGGAAGAUCACGCAGUACUUGAGGCGUGCAGAGGAAAUCUUCAACUGCCACCUCCAGCGGGCUGCAGGGGACGGCAACCCCACUGCCACGGGUUACAGCAGCCUGCGCUUCAGGCCGAUCAGGACGCUGAGCUCAGCAGUGGAGAACCUGAGACGAUGUAAGGUUGUGGGAGUGAUCGAUAAGGUGCAGAUUGUCCAGGAUCCAGCCACUGGUGGGACCUUUAUACUUAAGAGCCUCCCCAAAUCCCACGUUGAUACUCGUGAGCGACAGACCAUCAUCCCUCAUGGGGUGCCCUUCAUGGUCAAGCUCUUGUGCUACUAUGUGAGUGAGGACUCCAUCUUCCUCCACCUGGAGCACGUGCAGGGGGAGAUGCUCUGGUCUCACCUCCGCUCCAGGUACUGUGUCCAGCAGGGCUCUGCCAGUUCAAACACUGUUCAAGCUCUGAGGGACCAUGGCAGAGAGGACGGCGUGGGAAGCUCCCAGGGCAGCAGCCAAACCUCCAUCUUCUCUGCUUGGACAGGCAGUGACCUCUCUAGCGCUGUGACCCACCGAGUACUGGGAAACGUUGGUGCCUCCCUCCCUCAGGACCCUGACCCCGUGGACCCUGGCCUGGGGAACCACUGCCAGCUUCACCUGGCUCCCGCUGGCAGCGUGAGGGCUGCACCUGGAAGGCAGGAUCUAAGUGUGACACAGGCAGUAUCUAGUGCUGUGGACCAUGUUUCAGCAGCACCAGCCAAAGGUCCUGGCCACCUUACUAGCCAGGGCCUGGUCAUCUACCCCAGGAACGCUCUAAGUAGUAGUAGUGCAGGCUGCGUGUUGGAGAGAGCAGCCUCUCAACGUGACUCCAGGCUGCCUCAGACACCUGCUCCCCUGCCGAAGACUGUGAGGGGGAGCUGCUCAGGGACAGGGCAGUCAUUGUCUCAGCAAGUGUCUGAGGCCCCCUGGGCUUGCCCCCUCCUGACCUCAGGUCAGAGGCAGCUCCAUGCAGGAGUUGCCCCAUCUAGCUCUGGCAUGCCCUGUGGGCCUGGCCCAGCAAGGGAGAUCUCAUGCGGAGGAAGGCUGACCUGUGGCAGGCUCAAUGAGCAGCCACCAUCAGGACAGUGCAAGGCUUUGGCUUCCUGUGGGCACAGCCAGAGAGCAUGGGCUGUGAAGGAGGAGCAGGUGCAGCUGUGGGCAGCAGAAAUCCUCUUGGCCUUAGAGGGACUUCACCAACAGGGUGUAUUGUGCCGGGACCUCAACCCCAGGAACUUGCUGCUCGAUGCAGGCGGUCAUGUUCGUCUCACUUUCUUUGGCCAGUGGACAGAGGUGGAGCCCCACUGCUGCAGCCAGGCACAGGAAGAGAUGUACAGUGCCCCAGAAGUGGGAGGAAUCAUGGAGCCCACCGAAGCAGCUGACUGCUGGAGCUUUGGCUCUCUCUUGUAUGAGUUGCUGACAGGAGUGCCACUGUCCCAGAAUCACCCUUCAGGGAUUCAACCUCACACCCAGCUCCAUCUGCCAGAGGGGCUCAGCCUGGCUGCUACGUCACUGCUUACUGAGCUCCUGCAGUACAACCCAAAGCGGCGCUUGGGGUCUGGAGAUGGUGGCAUGGCGAAGCUGAAGUCUCACUCCUUCUUCAGCACCAUCCCAUGGAACAAGCUGGUGGGCUAGGCCGGCUGUCCUUCCCCCAGGAAGCUGGGCGUGCAACCACUCUCCCUACCACUUGUCCCUAGGUGGCAGUGGCAGCUCAGCCUCCUGGCAGAGAUACGCCUGGAAGGGUUGCCCCAGGGUGGGCUAUGCAUGAGGUUUUGCACCCUUACAUGUUCUGUCCCUGCUUGUGGUCGUUGGUGUCUCCAAGGGAGGCAACUGUGAUCUGGACCAGGCUGUCCUCUCCUCUAGCUUGUCCCUGGGUAGGAGAGCUGAGGUUCCCACCUUCAGGGAGAGGCUGUGAUCCCCUUCUGUUAUGUCCCUUGCUCAGCUACAGUGACCCCUCUGCUCUGUUAUUUUUUGUGGUUUCCAGGCCUGCCUGGCUGGUGCCAGAGCCUGAGGUCUGUGCCCAUCCCUCUGUUGUGGGGGCACGACAAGAGGGAGCACUCUGCUCUUCUUCCUACCUGCUGAGAAAAAUAAAUGGUUCAUCACUGCUUGCAGAA